GCCGAUACUAAAACAGAGUUGUAAUAACAGCAUUUCCAAACACUUCCCAAUUACUCUGCACUGACUCAAGUGUACUAAAAAGAUACAACAGCUGUCUUUUCUCUUUCCGUUUCCUUUUUCGUGAACGCUUCCAAAAUGAAAGCUAAGGGACAGUUGAAGGAAUACGAGGUCAUCGGCCGCAAGUUGCCCUCCGAAAAGGAGCCUCAAACUCCUUUGUACAAGAUGAGAAUCUUUGCUCCCGACAACAUUGUUGCCAAAUCCCGUUUCUGGUACUUCUUGCGCCAAUUGAAGAAGUUCAAGAAGACCACCGGUGAAAUUGUUAGCCUUAAACAAGUGUACGAAACCUCACCCACCAAGAUCAAGAACUUUGGUAUCUGGUUGCGUUACGAUUCCCGUUCCGGUACCCACAACAUGUACCGCGAAUACCGUGACUUGACCGUUGGUGGUGCCGUCACCCAAUGCUACCGCGAUAUGGGUGCCCGUCAUCGUGCUCGUGCUCACUCCAUCCAAAUCAUCAAGGUUGAAGCCAUUGCCGCUAGCAAGACCCGCCGUGUUAAUGUUAAACAAUUCCACGAUUCCAAGAUCAAGUUCCCCUUGGUACAACGUGUUCACCACAAGGGCAACAGGAAAUUGUUCUCCUACAGAAAACCAAGAACCUACUUCUUGUAAAUGGGAUAUUGGCUUUAAUGUGUGGGUUUUACUACAAUUUCUUUUUUUAUAUUGUAAGACUAUCCUGAAGGCGUCAGUGAAACACACAGUGUUUUGUUUGAAGGUAAAACAAAUAAAUAUGUAAAAAAUCUUAA